GUUUCCCAGCUCUGGAACAUCAUUACCCAGCAUAGCAUAGCGGAGAGCAGUCAGCCAGUCGAGUCUCUUUCCGAGGCCGGAUGGUAAAAUCCAACCUCCAGCGGAUCUUAAACAGUCAUUGCUUUGCUCGCGAGAAAGAAGGAAAACAGCAGCCCUUUACUACCAUGGCGGAUUUAAGUAGUGGUAUUUGUGACAUGAUUGGGAACCUGUCCCUGCACAGUAGUAGUACCCGCGGUCCGGGGCCUCUGUGGUGCUCCGAUGUCCCUCUCCCACCCCUGAAGAUCCCAGGUGGGCGAGGGAAUGGCACACGGGAUCACACUUUUUCAGCUCGGCCGCUCUAUACAGACCGAAGACUGACAGUAACCGAAGAGCCUGCAGGGAAUGGACGUCCUGGGAUACUCCACUUCCUAAGUCGUCCCACAGUUACAAAGACAAUACAGUGGGAUGCUGUCUUAGGCAGCAGUGCACUCUAUGUGGAGAUACCUCGCGACCCUCUUCCUGAAGGCAGCAAGGAGAGUUUCACAGCUCUCCUGGAGUAUGCUGAAGAACAUCUGAAAGUCGUUAGUGUGUUUGUCUGCUUUUACAAGAACAGAGAUGAUCGUGCUAAACUGGUGCGCACCUUCAGUUUCCUGGGCUUUGAGAUUGUGAAACCGGGCCAUGCCCUCGUCCCACCUCGACCCGAUGUCUUUUUCAUGGCCUAUAAUUUUGACAGGGACUCCUCGGACGAUGAGUGAACCCUCCUGACAACUUCUCCUCCAGUUGGUAGUUUUAUUCCUCCUGUUGUGUUUUUUUCCCUCCCCUUACAUAAACAGCUGUCUGAAACCCGGGUUACAGCUUUCUGUAUACAAGCGCUCGCUACUCCAUACUUUCUGUUGAAGGGGAUAUGAUGUUCUGCGUCUGCAUUUAUGUUUGUGUAACAUUCAAUUGUUCUCACUGAAGAUUAUGUGAUGUCACCUGAAAAGGAGGGAUUUUCUUGCAGUUCUUAGUAUUCAUUAUUUUUCUUGUUUUAUUAAGUCAGAUUUAUUUCUCCUUCCAUCAAGUUUAAAGUGAAGGAUUUUUCUUUACUUGAAUGUUCAUUAAAGAGAAAAGCCAUCAGGUUUACACUUGAGUAAUCUCAGCUUUUCUUUUUAAAAUUGGCUCAACAGUGCUGUUUAAAUUCCUUAAAUACCUUCUUUUUGGACUGGAUUACAUCAGUAAGACUGGUUUUUCUCUUUUUGGUCACAUUGUAUUCCUGUACUAGUAAUGUUACAUUUGGAUCAGCAACCCCAAUACCUGGUACUUUCUAGCUGUAGAGAAACACUUUCUGCUAGGACGAGUGAAAGAGCGAAUGCUCCUGUGUUUGAUGUAGGUGGUUCUGUUUCAAGUAAAAGAUGUAGUGGUACUAAGAGAGGAAAAGUGAAUAAUCCAAAGUGCUUUUUGCUUCUUUCUGCCAUUUGUAUCUGACAAUUUUGUAGAAUUUUGAUUUUGAGGUUGAAAUAAAAGCUGUGGUGAUGUGAUUUGAAUUAGCAUUCCUUUACACCUUUUAUUUUUAUGAAUAUGCUGUUCACCUGCAUAGUGGUGGUACCUGUUGUGCUUCUGUGAUAAUAAAAACAAAAACUCA